AACAAAAAUAAACAAAACAAAAAAUAAAACCUUAGGUUUUUUCAGCCAUUGAUUAGUUUCCUUACAGCUACAUAAGAUUAAGAUGGGACCAUCCAAGCAAUCAAGCUUCAAAUGGAACUGAUCCUUCUGGUCUUUUGCUUUCAAAUUGUGCAUAUGGGUGUAGCUACUGAAUCAAAUUCAAAGUUCAAAAGCUACCUACUUUGAGAUUUUAUGAGCCACGCGUUUGGUAUUGAAUAGUUAGUAGACUUUUGUUUCUCUUUUCUGUUGAAAAGGAAGAACAAAUUCUUCUCUUUUAUUAGUGAUAGAAAUUUGUUCACUACAAGAAAGUGGUUAAUUAUCGAAGGCGUAUUUUCGAAGGUCCAAGGCCUUCGGUAAAGUUGAUUUAUUGAAGGCUUUUAAUCGUCGGUAUUGGUGCAGUGAUUACCAAACGACUUUAACCUUUAGUAUUGGUGUAGUGAUUUUACCGAAGAAAUAUGCCCGUCGGUACAAGGUUCGAAUUUAUGAAAUUAGAAUUUGGGAUUUCUCUCUCCCAUUCUUCCAAAUUUUGUCUUCGUUAAAACUUCUCCUCCCAAACAACAAGCAGUAGUCGACCUUUAAUCCUCUCCGAAGGCAAGAUCGAGUCUGCUGCCGCGGUCCUCCUGCACUCCCUCACCUACCUCCCGCGCGCUGCCCAGCGCCGCCUCCGUUCCAACCACCUCAUCCUCUGCCUCGGCUCUAGCGACCGCGCUGUCGACUCCGCCCUUGCCGCUGACCUCGGCCUUCGCCUCGUCCACGUCGACACCUCGCGCGCCGAGGAGAUCGCAGACACCGUCAUGGCAUUCUUCCUCGGCCUCCUCCGCCGCACGCACCUCGUCUCCCGCCACGCGCUCUCCGCCUCUAGCUGGCUCGGCUCCGUCCAGCCUCUCUACCGUGGGAUGCGCUGCUGCCGCGGCCUUGUUCUCAGCAUCGUCGGAAUCUCUGGGUCGGCUGGGUCUUUGUCCACUUGCAGCUUGGCCUUCAAAAUGAGCGUGCUCUAUACUCAAGCACAGUAUUGCUGUAGAUUUUGAAAGAUUAUUUCAAGUGGCCGAAGAAACACUUCACUUUGCACAUUCUGUGCAUGUUUCUUACAACUUCUAUUCCAAAGACUAAAUUCUGCAAAAGUGACGGAAGAAUCUCUCAAAUAGUAUGUCACCUUUGAGUUUGGAUCCUCUCUCACUAGAAUUCAUCUCACCAAAUCCAACUGAGCUCUGAACAACGAAAAUAUUAUUCAUCUCACUACUUUUUGUAUUGGUCAACCUCUAGAUGAUUGCAGUCUCUGCGGCUGAUUACAUCCAAUUAGUUAAAUAUCAAAUAUGAAUUAUGAUGUUGUA